AUGUGUAGUGUUAUGAAGCCUCAUGUCAAUGUCACCCAAAGCGUUGGACUCAAGCCCCUUGCACGCUCGCCAUACCCCAACCGGCAACCCGCUCGCCAUCAAUUCCCCAUCUCUGCCGAGCACGAGGACCAUUUCCGCGACUAA